ACAUGGCAGAUAAAAGUCCCAACGAAGAAUCGGCCAUUGGACCGGAUGCACCGACUUCAUCCAGUCCAUCGAAGGGAAAGAGCGUGGAUGCACCGACAAGUCCCACGGGAAGCACUGCAUCGGUCAGCUCGUCCAGUUGGUGGGGCUCGUGGAUAGAUACCGCACGUACAAAGUCCGCUUCAGUCCUAGAAGCGGUAAAGAAUGAUUUAACCGAACUAACAACAGUCGUCAAGACCGAAGCAUCGAGCGCUAGCGAAGCGAUCGGACGUUCGCUUAACCUGGGCGAGCCCGACUCAGCCGUCGGUGCGAUGAAGAAAAGCUUCAGCAGCUUCCUCGGCCAGGUAACGGAAGCGCUCGUACCAUCGCUCGAGGAGGACGAAGAAACGGAAGCGGUACUAAUAACGGCCGAUGGAACGCUCACACUUACCGGUUUCUACAAGCAUCUGGCCGAGAUGCAGGCAAACGAUGACACCUACCUGGAAGAACCGGCCGACGAGCUGCGCGAAAAGUACAAGCGCUGGAUGGAGGUGGUCGAGCAGGAACAGUUUACCGAGCCACGGCUAGCGAAGCAUCUGGCGAGCAGUACGAUACUGAACGAGAAGUAUGUCACACUGGUGCCUGCCAAAGUUGCUCACAUGAAUUUCUGGAAACGAUAUCUCUUUAAGAAAGCGUUGCUGGAGGAUGCGAUUGCGAAUGCGGAAUUGGCCGAACGGAAGGCGAAAGCGGCACUCAACAACACGGAAACCUGUGCGCCAAACAAAACGAUCGUGCAAACCGAUCAACCACGGCGGGCGACGAUCGAAGAAGCAACCGAACCGGAAGAAGCAUCGCCAUCGUACCCCAUUGCGGAUGAUCUCGCUUGGGCGGAAGUGCCUGAAUUUGACGCAACGAACAUAGAGCUGUCCGAAGAGGAACAGCUGCGAUUGCUGGAAGAAUACGAACAGGAAAUCCGUGAACGUGAAAAAUCGCUUACGACCAGUAUCGGUAAGCUCGAUAUUGUGGAUGAAUCGUUGCUGAUACAAUCCGACAUUGAAGGCACACCUCAAAAAACGCAGAAGAAAGUGUCCGCUCAAGCUGGUGACGCAAAAGGUGCCAAGUCAACGGCCACAGUAGCAGCAAAGAAAGAUCCUAAAGCGUCGACCAACCAAAAAGCAACCACACAGCAGCCAAACAAAUCCGGUCCUCAGGGUGGCAAAGUGCAGAAUGCUGGUAAGAAUGUAAAUAACAAGAACCAGCAACAGCAGCAACAGACACAAACGGGUAAGAAAGGAACAGCACAACAGCAGCAGCAGCAGCAAACGGGUGGUAAAAAGAAGGAACAGCUCAAGAUGGACAAGAACCACUUCUCGAAGGAAGCGGAAGCAUCGUCGUCCAAUUCGGACGAAAGCUGGGAGAAAGAGUUCGAGCUGGAAUGAGGCGAACCGAUCGAUCUGCGCCGCGAAUUGUCCGAGUGCGCCGAUUGGUCGUCUUUUCGUUUUCCCUAGGUUGCUCUGGCAUUGACGACCUUCC